AUGGGGCUUUCGAGAAGCAAGCAAGUUCCUGCUGAUGUCGGUGCGGACGAAGGCCGAAAGGUCAAGCGAUGGAGGGACUGGCUUACUCGCGACAGAAAGACGAACAAGUUGGAUGGGCGAGAAAGGCCGGUGACAAGCGUAGGCUCGAGAUGGAGUAUGAUGAGUGGCAUGGAUCCCGCGUCGACCCGCUGGGAACAGCGCACGGACACCUACCUCGUUUCGAAAAGUGGAGGGUGGCGUCCAGCAGCAGGGUCGCGCCGUCUGCAAGAAGGGCGUGAAAAAAAUGAUUUCGCCGCCCCCGGUGACACGAACAGCACGAACAGCACUGACGGGGCCAACGUAAAGAUCGGAGGGGUGGUGCUGGUGAUCGGGUUCCUCGCGUUGGUUCUCUGGAAGUGCUGCCGGCGAAAGCGAACGACUCCAGAUGGCGACAACGAGGCGCGGGUGCGCACCGGCGCGGCCCGCGACGAAGCGGAAGGCGCCGUAGAUCUCGAGCAGGGGGGGUCGCCGGAGGUGGUGGUGGCGGUACCGCUAGCCGCCGAGUCUGCGACUGCGCCCGCACUGGAGGAGGGGGACGCAGCAGCAGCAGUGUUGCCGACGACGGUACCGCUGGCGACCGAGGUUUCCAGGGCCGCCGAUAUCGAGGAGGGUGGAGCACCGACGACAACCCCUUUUCCCGCCGACGUCCAGGAAAAAGAUGACCAGCGCAGCGUUGAAGAGCAGCGUACAGCACUUGGCGCCGCCGCGAGCCCUGGGGCGGAGUGCACCGUAGAGCCGACGCCAGCAGCGACGGCGGCAGCACCGCCGCCGCCAGGCGACGACAUCGACCAGACGCCGCGGCGCCGGGGCCUGAAAAAGCGGCAGCGAGCUCUAGCCCAGCGGAGAGACACCCUGGAAGCGGGCGCAGCCGAGGCGAGUCGCCGCGAGGGCGAAGCCCAAGAGAAUAUCGACGAGCUGUCAGCUCAUCAGGCCGCCACUACCGACCGCCUCAACCACGACAGGGCGGUGGGCGAGGCGCGGCAAGAUGAGCUAAGGAGCCAGCUCCGCGCGCAGAGGGCCAGCGAUCACGCCGCCGAGAGCUUGGAGCGCGCCGAGAUUGAGGAAUGGGAGGGUCGCGCAGUUCGUGCGGAGCAGCAUGCAGGCGAGCUUGAGCACGCCCUUGCCGAACAGGAACAUGAGGCCGUCGUUCUGGAGAACCUUCUGUCGGAGGAGCAGCACGGCGGAGAGGAGGGGGUUCUCGCGGCGGGCGACGAGCACGGGGCUGCUGCAGGACCAGCCCCGGCAGAGGUCGACCACACGGAGGAGAUGGGCCUCGCGAGGAGCGCAGGGACGGCGGCGGAGGGCAGCAUCCAGGAGCUCUUCGUGGCGAACUCCAUCGAGGAGACCGGCAUCGCCGAGAUGGCGACCACCGUCAAGCACGUGAUGGGCGUCGUGAGCCACGACAGGGAGCGCCUGACCGUGCACAGGGGGCUCGGGCAGGGAAAGUGCGGGAAGGUGGAGGAAGUCGAGUUUGCUGACUUUCCCGGGGAGUGCUUCGCGCUCAAGACCGUGGCGAAGGGGGCUGACGAGUACACGAAGCACGCUGCUUUGGUCGAGAUGAUGGUCUUUGCCCGGCUGGCUGGACAGCCCCACGACAACCUGCUCGGCGCACUCGCCGUAGACGAUUCAUCCCCCUUGAUGCCGAUAAUGAUGCCCAAGGCCACGGACGACCUGGAGUCUCGCAUGAACAACGACUCUUUCGCCAUCGGGGACAAGUUGAGACUGGUGGUUGACCUGGCGCGGGCCACGGAACACCUCCACGGUAUGAACAUCGUGCACCGAGACAUUAAGCCGGGCAACCUCCUUGUCUUUGAGACGGAGGAGCUCGGGCUGCACGGCAAGCUGGCGGACUUCGGCUUUGCCAGAGAAAUCGGUGAGAGUUGCCCGGCGAUGAUGGGCACCCCGGGAUACAUGGCGUUUGAGAGCAUGUCGAGGGAGCCUGUGGCGGGUGCGGCGGGGCAAGACGUAGUGGGCGUGGCGAUGGUGCUCCUCAUGGUCUGCCUGAGGAAGGAGCUGAGGUCUCCCAACCUGUACGCCAACAUGGCCCUGAUCAAUUCCGACGAGAUGACCAGGCUGAAGGAGCUGUUCCAGCGCAUGACCCUGGGUGAAGACAUUUCGGCAGAGAAGGAAUUGGCACAGAUCGACAUGACCAAAAGGACGAUGGCGGACGGAUCAUUCGCGGCGAUGAUGCUCUCCGCCGACAAGCUCGACCCGGCCCUCAAGUCGCCUGAGAUGCUGCUCGAAUCCCUCCCUCACUUUUUGGCUACUGAUCCUACCGAGCGCAAGGACAUGGGGUCUCUCCUCGACCUCGCCCAGAGCCUGGCUGAGAUCAACCAGGACGUGAAGGAGGAGGAAGCUUGAGAGGGGGAGCAUGCCCACUCUAUGUGCUGGGCUUUUACGACACGUCAAGGACCUCCCGGCUUCGAACAAAGCGCACGUGCGUGCUUUUCAACAAGGCGUGCAUGCUUUCCGAUUCAUCUUAUCGGUGCUCGGGGUCAUUUCCCCAACGGAUGACGGUUUGGUUAUGUUUGAUCUGUGGAGAAGCGGGAGAAGGGAGGUUGGGAUCUAAGGACGAGAGUGGUCGGCAGUUUUUUUUUGCGGCCAUUUUUGGCGAAGGGUAAGCAUAAGGUUUCAUCAACCAGUAGUAGGGAUUCCUUCGUCGUGGCCUCAGGAGAGGUUGGAGCUGUAUGUCUAGGUGUUGCUUGACUACGGUGUGGAAUGAAGGAGGGCAGGGACGCCGAACUUGCAAACCAGAAUGCGACGGGUGUGAGUUUACAUUGCUGGUUGUGCCAUCGCGGAGCGGAAAUUUUGCUCUCUAUCUGUACCACGCCGUUGGCUGUG